AUGUGACUAAAAUGUCUUUACUUUGUGCUCAGUAGAUUUGUAGACAUGUUUACAGGGAAUCCUAGGCAGCACCUCCCAGUGUGAGGUGGGGAUUCAGCUCGCUUUGCUUUUUAACCAAAUUACCGAGACGUUUGUCAGUUCAGUGUUGAGCACAGAGACUGCAGCAGGACUGAACACUCUGCUCUGUAACACACCGAGACUCAACUUAGUCCAUUUUAACCUUAAUAACGUCCCUGUUCCAGUGUGAUCAUGUACCGGUACCUGGGAGAGCUCCUUACCCGGACUGGAGGCAGCGCUCUGGCCUCGGGACUCGGCGAUGCCUCUCUGCCGGCCUCGGCGUCUGUCAUGCGGCUGCGGCGCUACAGCGAAGCCGUGGGCAAAGAUGAAGACGACCCAAACUUUUUCCGCAUGGUGGAGGGUUUUUUCGACCGCGGUGCUGCUAUCGUCGAGGACAAACUCGUGGAAGACCUGAAGACCAGAGAGACACCCGAGCAGAAGAGGCAUCGAGUCCGAGGGAUCUUGAAAAUCAUAAAGCCUUGUAACCACGUCCUGGCCGUGAAUUUCCCUCUAAAGCGAGACAACGGCGAGUGGGAGAUGAUCGAGGGCUACCGAGCCCAGCAUAGCCAGCACAGGACACCCUGUAAAGGAGGCAUCCGUUAUAGCACAGAUGUGUGCGUCGAUGAAGUUAAAGCUUUAGCUUCGUUGAUGACGUACAAAUGCGCUGUCGUCGAUGUACCUUUUGGUGGAGCGAAAGCUGGGGUGAAGAUCAAUACCAAGAAUUAUUCCGACAAUGAGCUGGAGAAAAUUACAAGACGUUUCACCAUUGAGCUGGCUAAGAAAGGAUUUAUUGGGCCAGGUAUUGAUGUUCCUGCUCCUGACAUGAGCACCGGUGAGAGGGAAAUGUCUUGGAUUGCUGACACGUACGCCAACACCAUGGGUCACCAUGACAUCAACGCCCAUGCAUGUGUGACAGGGAAGCCCAUUAGCCAGGGCGGCAUCCAUGGGCGCAUCUCAGCCACCGGACGAGGAGUUUUCCACGGUAUCGAGAACUUCGCCAACGAAGCUGCCUUCAUGAGUCAGAUUGGUUUGACUCCAGGCGUUAAAGACAAGACCUUCGUUAUUCAGGGCUUUGGUAAUGUGGGCCUGCACUCCAUGCGCUACAUGCACCGCUUUGGGGCGAAGUGUGUAGGAGUAGGGGAGUGGGACGGAAGCAUCUGGAACCCUGCCGGCAUCGACCCCAAGGAGCUGGAAGACUACAAGCUGGCAAAUGGUACCAUUGUCGGCUUUCCCAAGGCUUCUCCCUACGAAGGCAGCAUCUUGGAGGCUGAAUGUGACAUUUUGAUUCCUGCUGCUAGUGAGAAGCAACUUACCAAGAUGAACGCCAGAAAGGUCAAGGCUAAGAUCGUUGCUGAGGGAGCCAACGGCCCCACCACCCCUGAAGCCGAUAAGAUAUUCCUUGAAAGGAAUAUUAUGGUGAUUCCUGACAUGUACCUGAACGCUGGUGGUGUGACCGUUUCUUACUUCGAGUGGCUGAAGAAUCUGAACCAUGUCAGCUACGGCAGACUGACCUUCAAAUAUGAGCGAGACUCCAACUACCAUCUCCUCAUGUCUGUGCAGGAGAGUCUGGAGAGGAAGUUUGGAAAGCAUGGUGGCGCAAUCCCUGUGGUCCCAACCUCUGAAUUUCAGGCCAGGAUUUCUGGUGUCCACUGCCUUGUGCCUCCAGUCUCCUGCGAUAGGCUUCAGGUUCCCUGCGACUCAGGAGCGUCUGAGAAGGACAUCGUGCACUCUGGACUGGCCUACACCAUGGAGCGCUCUGCCAGGCAAAUUAUGCGCACAGCCAACAAGUACAACCUGGGGCUGGACCUGCGGACCGCGGCCUACGUCAACGCCAUCGAGAAAGUCUUUAAAGUGUACCAUGAGGCUGGCCUCACUUUCACUUAAACACCCAACCGGAUCUGUCUGCAUGUCUGUCCGUCCAUCUCUACAGACACUCUGCAUCUUCACUGCCUUUUCCCCAUCCAAUAUUUUUCAGUUUACAUUUAACAUUCGUAUAUAAAAUGUUUGUAUCAAUAUGCCAUAUGUAUCCUAUGGCUUUAAGUUUCCUUCCCUCACAGCUUUUAUUCACUCCAUAGCACAAAAGCUCUGUUAUUCUUUCAACACCUAGUCAUGUAUGUCUACUCUGAGAGUAAUAUCUUGCCCGAAAAAUGCCAAAGAGGAUGUUAUUUAUACUGUAUAAUGCACAUUUUCUCUUAAUCACCGCUGUGUUCUUUUCAGGGAAGUUUUAACUCCAGCUCUUCAACACGUCAUAUGCAAAAAUCCGUCCAGCCUUAAUAUUGCACAUUGUACAGCAAUUUUUUUAAGGGAAAUUUUCUCUUUAAACCUACCAAUGGCUUGCAAAGGUCAAUAAUGAAGGCAAUGCACGGAAAAUGAUCUCAGGCUUUUAUAUAUUAUCAAAUCGCACAGAUGUGUAUUUAUCUGUUAUUGCACUUGGUUUAGGCUUUUAUUAUUAAAAAAUAUAUAUGGUGCUCCUUUUUUUUUGCCUAAUAUUCAACUGUUACUUUACGCCAAAUGCUUCCAUGGUGAAAGGUAUGAUUCGUGUCUUAAUGGUAAACAUGCAGAAUGUAUACUGUACCUUUAUAGUAUAGUAUGUAUAAAGGUAAGGGAUUGUGUUUGGGAACAAAUGGUUUAUUUUCUUAAAAAUAUGAGCAUUGAAUAUGACACAAAGUGACUUUGAAUCUUUUUGGGAGGAGUUUUUAAAGCUUCGUUUAGAUAAAAUAUAAUAAAAUGUAUAGACGGUG